GCAUUGAAAAAUGCUCAAAAAGAGCAUAACCUCCCAGAGCACAAUCUCAUAACAGAAUGCCCUACAAGGUGGGGUUCGAGGCAGAGAAUGAUCCAGAGAGUUCUAGAGCAGCAGCGGGCCAUAAGCGAUGUCCUAUCAGCAGACAGAAAGUCAAGACAUUUAGUUCCUACCUGGCAUGACAUAGAUGUACUUGAAUCAAUAAACCAGGCAUUGCAGCCUCUGCAAGAAUUUACAGAUGCUCUAUCAGGUGAAAGUUACGUAAGUGUUUCAUAUGUGAAACCUGUACUUCACAUGAUGAACACCUCAAUUCUUGCUCCAUAGGAAGAAGAAAGCGAUUUAACAAAGUCUAUAAAAAAACAAGAUUCUAGAGUACAUGAACACGAAGUAUGACAACCCAGAAACUCAAGAACUUUUGGACAUGACCUGCUUUAUGGACCCCAGAUUUAAAGCCGGCUACAUCAGCUCUGACAAAGUGUCACACAUCAGAGCCAGGGUGCUAAGGGAAAUUGAAGCAACUGUGCCAAAGGAGCCGAGCCCAAGUAAUACAGAUGACCAGGGCAUGGGUCCAUCAGAUGUCACCCUAAAGAAGGCCAAAAAAUCCCUGGGCAGUUUUUUCAAGACCUCUCUACUUCCAUCUUCUAUGGAACCAACGCACACUAUGGAAGUUGAACUAAACAACUACAUGAUGUCUCCCACCAUAGACAGUGAGAUGGACCCUCUAACUUGGUGGCAAGUCCAUCAGGUCGACUAUCCACACCUGAGUAUACUAGCCAGGAAGUAUCUCUGUAUACCAGCAAGCAGUUCACCUUCAGAGAGACUUUUUAGCACCUCAGGAAAUGUGAGGUUGGACAACUGUUGGCUGUGA